GUCGCGAUCUAUGUUGCGUUCUGCGUGACGGUCGUGGCACAAAUACCAAUAUAUAAGCUUUUAGUGUUAAGCUUUAAGUGUAUGUAUAGACACAGCAGGAAUAUUUCACUAUGGCUUUCUGAUGAGUUGGCAGCAGUUUGUUGAUGAAAGUUUGUUGGGAACAAGUCAAGUUGCUAAAGCGUCUAUUCAUGGCCUUGACGGUACAAGAUAUGCCUCAAGUGCUGGAUUCGUGGUACUACCAAGUGAGGCACAAGCAAUUAUUACAGCAAUAACCAAAGAUCCUAGUCCUAUGUACCAGAAGGGUAUUACCCUGAACCGAUCUAAAUAUGUCUUUGUGAAAGUUGAACCAGGAAGAUCACUAAACUGUUCUCAGGGAAAAGAAGGAGCAGUAGCAAUCAAAACAAACAAGUGUUUAUUGAUUGGUGGGUAUACAGAAGGAAUGCAAGCAGGAUCUUGCACUGCUGUUCUGCAAAAGCUGGCUGACUUUUUCCAGGCAAAUGGCUACUAACAAUGACACAGCAAAAUGUUGAUGAAAGUUUGUUGGGAACAAGUUAGAUCCCUAAUAUCCAUCUCAACAAACACAUUGAUAAAGUGGUUUUCUUAAACCUGUGUAACAUUUCCYCACUACAGCUAAUUAAUUCAUUCUUUCUUGUGCACUUUUUUCUUCAAUGUUUCAAUGUAACACACUUUAGUACACUCUGAUAAUUACAACACUUUGUUUCAGAGGUUUAUGAAAACCACCCUAGGUAUCAAAAUGGUGUCAAAUAACAUGCAUCAUUCUAUAAUUAGUGUAAAUCUUUGUACAUUUGUAAAUCAGAGAAAACAAGAACUAAUUCAAAGAGGGGGCCAUAAGGGGGUCUGAAUACUGCAAUACCACAAAAGAAAUAAGGAAAAACAUAUUCCAAAURCUGCAACUAAAUUUAUAAAAAUACAACAGUCAUUUGAAGGACUGAGAUGUUUGAGUGGUAAAUAGAUCUACUAGAGGUCAGCAUGGCAAUUUUAAUGGAUUAGAGGACAGCAUUUUAUUGGUCAAGCAAAUUAGACACUACAUCAGUGGACGCAUAUUAUUUGAAUGCCACAAUACCACAUGUGCCGCAAUGCUAACCCCUAUAACUCUCUCAACAAAGAUGAUUAGCAUAAUAAUCAUUAUACAUGAUGACAUCACAUACUGUUACCGAAGAUUAAUAUUUUUUUAUUUCUAGCUUUUAUCAAUGUAACUUUGAAUGAAAAUGUCAACAAUAUUAUUGGAAAACCACAAGGGCUGGUGUUUGUGUCAUUGUUUUUAGCAUCCAUUAACACUACAUCACCAAUCAUUAAUAAAGAUAUCUUUACAACUGUUAA